GUCUGUGGUGAGCUAGAACUGCUGGAAGUUUCCCCAGUAUGCAAGUUCUCUCUGGCGUCUGACACUUUACACUUAUGUCAUCUCUACAUCACUAUCUUGAUCUCAGCACUUAUACUUAUUUUUCAGGUUCCAGUUUAGACAGCCCUUUCUCCAGGAAGACUUCUCUGAUUCUUCAAAACUGGUGGAGCUUCCUCUUUAUUUCCUCCCACAAUAUCCUGUCUUACGGCUAUCUAGAACUUUUCAUUUUUGUACUGAGAUUGUCUAUUUUCUUGUGGUCCUAAAAGACUAUAAAUUCUUUGGGGGAUUUUGUCUUAACUUCACUUUCCUCUUCUGAAGCGGAAGAUAUUUCAGUCCCACAUCCUCACAGCUUCUCCUUCAGCUGUCAUUACCUGCAAGACUAUGAGACUCCUGAGCUCUCAAUCCCAAUAUGCAGUCCUAUACCCCAAACUUGACCCAUGUAACAGAGUUUGUCAUGCUGGGUUUUGCUGGGGUGUAUGAAGCACGCUUCCUCUUCUUUACACUCUUCCUCAUCAUGUACCUGAUUACCUUGGUGGAGAACCUGGCCAUCAUCCUGGUGGUGAGUUUGGACCAUCGGCUACGAAGACCCAUGUACUUCUUCUUGAGGCACUUGUCCUGCCUUGAAAUUGGGUAUACCUCAGUCACUGUGCCCAAGAUGCUGGCUGGUUUUAUUGGGGGAGACGGGGACAAGAAUAUCUCCUAUGCUGGUUGCCUUUCCCAGCUCUUCAUCUUCACCUUCCUUGGGGCAACUGAAUGUUUCCUGCUGGCUGCCAUGGCCUAUGACCGCUAUGUGGCCAUUUGUAUGCCUCUCCGAUACGGGGCCUUGGUGUCCUGGGGCACCUGCAUCCGCCUGGCUGGUGCUUGUUGGCUGGCAGGCUUCCUCACACCCAUGUUGCCCAUCUACCUCAUGUCCCAGCUGACAUUUUGUGGCUCCAAUGUCAUCGACCACUUCUUCUGUGAUGCUUCACCUCUGCUAGCCUUGUCCUGCUCAGAUGUCACCCUGAAGGAGACCGCUGACUUCCUGGUCUCUCUGGCUGUGCUCCUGACCUCCUCUGCAGUGAUUGCUGUGUCCUAUGGCAAUAUUGUCUGGACGCUGCUGCAUAUCCGUUCAGCGGCUGAGCGCAGGAAGGCCUUCUCCACUUGUGCAGCUCACCUGACCGUGGUGAGCCUCUUCUACGGCACUCUUUUCUUUAUGUAUGUCCGGACAAAAGUGGCCUCCUCCAUCAACUUCAACAAGGUGGUGUCUGUCUUCUAUUCCAUCGUUACACCAAUGCUCAACCCCCUCAUCUACAGUCUUCGAAACAAGGAGGUGAAGGAAGCUCUGAGCAGAGCAUUUUCUCUCAAGUUUUGGAAAGGCCAGUGAUGGGGCAGUGAGGUCCAGAUCCCUUUCCCUUUAGAAAGAGGGUGGUGAGGACUAUGGUAUGGAGCAGUGGCCUGGGCAGUCAGGAGUUACGGACUGUGAAUUAGUUAAAGUAAAAUGCUAAUCUGCUCUAACAGGAGAAACCUAACUGUAAUGCAGCUUUAAGAAUAAAGGAGGUUUUACUGUUUCCUGAUGCAAUCAAAGGUGAAUGCUCUCAGUUGGUGGGUGGCUCUGCUCAACAGCAUAUAAGGAUCCAAGCUUCUUCCCUCUUGUGGGCCCAUGGGCCAAAUGCAGCUCAACCUUGUUUCUAAUGACCUUUGAGCUAAGAACGAUUUUUGUACUUUAAAAUUGUGGAAAACCAAUUAAAAGUAGAAUUAUAGUUCAUGAUACAUAAAUAUUUUAUAAAAUUAAAAUUUCAGCGUCCAUAACUAGUUUUUAUUAGAACAUGGCCACAUCAUGCAAAUUGUCUCUGCGUUUGUGCUACAGUGACAGAGUUGAGUUGUUGUGACAGAGACCAUUUUCUAACCUCCAACCUAGAGCUGUCUUGUAAUUUGCAUGGUCAUCACUGGAUUCCAGUGGGUGGGGAGGAUGGAGCAUGGAGCUGACAUACACUGGUGUCUUAAGGUUUCUCCACCAGAUGUAGCGAUGAUCAUUCCCACUCACCUCUGUUGGUUAGAAGUUAGCCAUAGGUCACAUCCAAUUGCAAGGGUGGUAAAUAUCUUCCAUAGCCAAGCUGCCAGAUACCUAUCUAGAACUGAUUAUUGUGGAAAAAUUGAGGAACAAUUUUUGUAGACAACCAGUAGUUUGCACCACCAAGUCCCCAGAAUCACAGCUAAUUUUCCUUGUGAUCCAUGCACUUAUCUGCUUUGUAGCUACAUUCUCUUAUUUGAAAUAUAGAACAGUCCUUCCUUUAUACCACAUGCUCUUGGGAAAUUGAUUUAAGAGGAUCUCUAUGGCAAUGUCAGCUCCCUUGAAAUAAAGUUUAAAAAAGACCAUUACGAUUCAAGUAGUUCCCUGUGUGUAGGUACUUUCCUUUCUGAAGACAUUUCCAAUCAUCAUUUGUUUUAGGAAACUGUGGUAUGUGAGAGAGGAAAGUGCUGAGCUUGGAUCUGGGUGGGGGCAGGACAGAUUUUCUGUGAUAGUGUUUCUAAACUGGCCAAUAAUGAACAGAUUUCACAAUGGUGCUUCACAGCCUCUGCAGCCUGCACCCCAACCCAGCAUCUUAGUAAUUGCAAUUUUAAUAGUUAACAGAGAAGGCACCAAUCACAAGUUAUGAAAACAAUUUUACUUAUUGAAUAUUAUCUUAGUAAUAUGCUUUAUAUUCUUUUGGGUGACGACAAGAUGCAGUGCAAAGAUCAAAUAUAAGAAUUCAUCUGAAUGAAAUAAAAGAAGUAGAUACUUUGAGGCAACUGACCCGAGUAGAUCUGAACACAGAAUAAAUUUGACUUUUAGGUUUCUGACUGAUGGAAAGAAAGUAAAACAUACUGGAUGCAUUAGUCAGAGUUCGCCAGAGAAACAGAACCUAUAGGGUCUCUCUCUCUCUCUCUCUCUCUCUCUCUCUCUCUCUCCCUUCUCUCUCCAGAUAGAUGAGUAUGUAUUAUACAUAGACAUACCCACAUAUGCAUAUAUGUGUAUAUAUAGAGAGAUACAUACAUAUACAAAUGUAUAAUAGGAGAUUUAUUAUAGGGAUUGGUUCACACAGUAAUGGAGACUGAGAAGUCCCAUGAUUUGCCAUCUGCAACUUGGAGAACCAAGAAAACCAGGGGUAUAAUAAUUCAGUCUGAAACCAAAGCACUAGUGUCUGAGGGAAGGAGAAGAUGGCUGUCCUACCUCUAGUAAAGGACAAAUUCACCCUUUUUCAGCUUUUUGGUUCAACUCAGGCCCUUAGUGGACUGGAUAAUGCCCCCCUGUGUGGAUGAGCACCAUCUUCUUGACUCACUUACUCAAAUGUUAGUCCCUUCAGAACACCCCUCACAGACACACCCAGGAAUAAUGUUUUACCAACUGUCUGGGUGCCCCUGAGCUCAGUCAAGUUGACAUAGAAUUUACACUGGGUUACAUCAUUCUCAUAUAAGGUAGCAGAAUUCAAAUUCAAACAUAGGAAGCGUUUUUUCUGGAUUUUGGGAACUACUCUAAGAACCAUUCUGUGGAAGUACCAGUAAAGUUUACAAAUUUGAGCUUCUUGAAAAAGAAACCUAUAUUUUGAGAUAAAUUACAUAAAAUGGUAAGCACUCUGAGGCAUACUCUUAGAAAGAAUUCUAUACACGUGAGAGUGGCUGUUGCUUUACAUGUGAAAGGGACUUGCUUUAAUAAAGUCUG